UCUUCCCUCUCCCAUUUCUUUCUUCUUCGUUUCGGGUCAUUUUAAUCGAUAAAUUCUGGCGAUUGUUGAUAAAUAAAUUCCUCUCUUCUACUUCCAUGGCUCCUCCUCCUCCCUCAAAUGUCAACCAUCUCUCUCAUCCUUGCAUCUAUGGGGACUUUGUUUCUUCAUCCACAGAGAGAAAAUCCAGGCUGUUGAAAUGGCUGGGGAAGCUUUUCAAGACCAGUUCCAGUAGUCGUCGAGGAGGUAGCGGAGGCGGUGGCGGUGGCAGUAGUGGCUAUAAUCCACAUUUUCUGGGGGAAGAAAACAUGGUUGUUCGUGCUCCGCCUAGGAUACCGGAUGAUCGUCCUAGAACAAAGAAGGAACAAGAGGAAUUGGAUCAAGCAAUUGCACUUUCUCUAGCUGAGGAUAUGGAAAAACCAAGUGGUUAUAAUCAAUGGCGGACGGAUGAUAAUUAUGGUGGAGAUUUACCAAAGGGAGCUUAUGAUGGUAGCAUGAAUUCAUCUGCAUAUCCUCCUUAUGGCACAUUAGCAUAUCAUCCUGAUGUAUAUAGAGUAUGUGCUGGAUGCCAUCGAGAAUUUGGAUAUGGCAAUUAUUUAGGAUGCAUGGGAAAAUAUUUUCAUCCUAAUUGCUUCCGCUGCCAUUCUUGUGGUUAUCCGAUCACCGAGCAUGAGUUUUCUUCGUCAGGGAGUAAUCCAUAUCACAAAAAUUGCUUCAAAGAGUUGACACAUCCCAAAUGUGAUGUUUGUCUCCAAUUUAUUCCGACAAACGGAGCUGGUUUAAUAGAGUACAGGUGCCAUCCAUUUUGGUCCCAAAAGUAUUGUCCAUCACAUGAACAUGAUAACACAGCUCGCUGCUGUAGUUGCGAACGUUUGGAGUCUUGGAAUGUACGAUACUAUUCGUUGGAAGAUGGACGCAGUUUGUGCUUAGAGUGCAUGGAGUCUUCAAUCAUGGAUACUGGUGAUUGCCAACCUCUUUACCAUGCCAUCAGAGAUUAUUAUGAAGGAAUGAACAUGAAACUAGACCAGGAAAUUCCAAUGCUCCUUGUUGAAAGACAAGCACUCAAUGAAGCUAUUGUUGGAGAGAAAAAUGGAUAUCAUCACAUGCCUGAGACAAGGGGUUUGUGUCUCUCUGAAGAGCAGACAGUCACCAGUAUACUAAAGAGACCGCGCAUUGGAGGCCGCCAACUUAUUGGAAUGAAAACUCAACAUCAAAAGCUGACCAGGAAAUGUGAAGUUACAGCCAUUCUAGUUCUUUAUGGUCUUCCAAGACUACUAACUGGAGCAAUCCUCGCCCACGAGUUAAUGCAUGGUUGGUUACGUCUCAAAGGGUAUCGAAAUCUAAAUCCCGAGGUAGAGGAAGGUAUCUGUCAAGUGCUAUCAUACAUGUGGCUUGAAUCUGAAGUACUGCCUGGAGCAAGCAAUAGGGCAUCUACAUCAGCAGCUUCUUCAUCUUCCUCAUCUUCAAAGAAAGGAUUAAAGUCUAAUGUUGAAAAUAAGCUUGGUGAGUUUUUCAAGAACCAAAUUGCCCAUGAUGCUUCCCCUGCCUAUGGGGGAGGGUUUAGAGCUGCCAAUGAAGCUGUCAAUAAAUAUGGUUUGCGUCGUACCUUAGACCAUAUUAAACAAACAGGGAAUUUCCCAUUGUAAAACCCUCUGUUGCCCCCUUCUUCCUCAAAAUUGUUCCCUGAUUAAAAAAAAUCAGUUUUCAAAAGUAUUGAGGUUAUGACAGAAGAUUGAAAUAGCUUCUCCCCAAAAUUUUCAUUGGGUGCUAUGUCAAUACAUGUUAAGAUGAUGUUUCAAGUGCAAAAUAACUUGUUUUAUUAUUGUCCGAU